AUGGAACACGGGAAAUUGUGGCACCCAUUUGGCGCUCCAGACGAAGAUCAGCUGGAUUUCUACAGAGGUGAGCGCUUCAAUACAGAGGAAACGGCCCUACCAACCGAAGGUGACUUCUUGCAGUUCUUGGACGACAUCGACGAUGACGAAGAUUCUCAGAGUGAUGCUUUCAACAGCCCCAAACUUGCAGGUCUGCGGGAAAAGAUCGAAAGUCACCAUCUCGCAGUAGGUGUCUCACUUGGCACUUUUGAGGACUUCAGCUUCAGCCUGGUGUCUCAAGGCUUCGAAGAUUUAGUCGGCUACUCCAUUAGGGAGAUGCAGUGCAAGGAGCUGACUAGACUCAUCUCGGGCGAUACUCUCACAGCGUUUUUGCUGGAGCAGUUGCCGUCAUUGAUGGGUGCCUGGCGCCAUGUGGUCUUGCGUCGCAAGAGUGGCGAGUUGGCUGAAGUGGUGGCGAUGCUUCAGCGCAUUGACCUCCAAGAAAUCCACCUCUUCAUGUGUUUGGAAGUGUCGGAUGAGGAAGCACCCGACGCAGCCGGAGAAAGACUCGAACAGAAGAUGCAGGAAAAGCAGCUUAGUGCUGGCUUUCCGAAGAUCGUGAGGAUAACCUGCAUUGGACCUACAGCGCAUCCAUAUUGGAAAGAAAAGGAAGGAUAUGCCUGGUACGCUGCGAGUCAGUACACUGACCGCAUGGCGUUCUUCGCACCGCUGGGAAGUCACACA